AUGAAGUUUUCGUUCUUGGAUAUCGACGACUUCUGCAAACAACCCAGGUCGCUUAGAGAGGUGGAAGAAAGAGCACGUACAACGACGGUUUUGGGACAAUGUCGACUUGGCUUACCAAGUCUUAGCUUUGAAACCUGCUGUGAAAUACAACGCCUCGACGUAGAAGAACCAACUUUCCAAAAAACUUACUGUCCCACCAAUCACAAACCGAACCUUUCUGUGCAGCGGCAAACGCUAUCACACACCCAACCACCCACUUCAACGGAUCCGCGGAGACUUUCAAGAGGAGGCUUCUUGAACCCCAUAGGUAACCCACAAAUGAUGCCACUGUCCUCAAGCACCAAAACAGUUUUCUCCCGUUCCAACAGAGAACAACCACCAAAUGACGCCAAACUUGUGAUGUACCUGCAGCGUUUCGCAGAAGCAUCAUGA